GGCUAUCACAUCAACCCGCGGUUUUUGCCGCGAACCGCAAUCCGCCCGUGCGGCAGCCAUGGCGUCGCCCACACUUAUAAAAGGGCCCUGCCUCUCCAGCUUUCCCUCCUCAAGGCUCACCUCCUCCUCUUCCCUCUCCGGCAUCUCCAUCUCUCAGCUCCUCUGCUAGCUCGAGCUGCUCUUCCCGGAUCCUAGCCACAUUUCUUGGUUCUGAUCUCUCUCGGGUUGUUUUGAAAUUUUCUUUGGUUCAAUUGCCAUGGCCGCGCAAUCUUGGAGGUCCUUCAUGUGCUGCGGCGGCGGCGCUGCCGUCCACGACGACGACGACUCGGCGCCGAGGCGGCGGAGGAUCGCGCGCAGGGGGGACAGCCCGAGGUCGUCGUCGAGGAUGUCGUUCACGAGCCUCAGCUCGUCGGGGACGCUGUCGCCGGAGGACCUGUCGCUGACGCUGUCCGGCUCGAACCUGUACGCCUUCACCUACGCCGAGCUCCGCGCCGCGACGGGCAGCUUCUCCCGCGCCAACUACCUCGGCUGCGGCGGGUUCGGCCCCGUCUACAAGGGCGCCGUCGACGACGGCCUCCGCCCGGGCCUCGCCGCGCAGGACGUCGCCGUCAAGUACCUCGACCUGGACUGCGGCACGCAGGGCCACAAGGAGUGGCUGGCCGAGGUGUUCUUCCUUGGGCAGCUGAGGCACAAGAACCUGGUGAAAUUGAUUGGUUACUGCUAUGAAGCCGAGCAUCGGAUGCUGGUGUACGAGUACAUGAGCGGCGAGAGCUUGGAGAAGCAUCUCUUCAAAACUGUCAAUGGUUCUCUUCCAUGGAUGACAAGGAUGAAGAUUGCCCUCGGCGCGGCGAAAGGCCUCGCAUUCCUCCAUGAUGCCGAUCCGCCGGUGAUCUACCGCGAUUUCAAGGCAUCCAACAUCUUACUUGACCUGGAUUACAAUACCAAGCUGUCCGACUUUGGCCUAGCUAAGGAUGGGCCCCAGGGUGACGCUACGCACGUAACGACACGUGUCAUGGGAACACAUGGAUAUGCAGCUCCUGAGUACAUCAUGACGGGGCAUUUAACAGCUAAGAGCGAUGUGUAUAGUUUUGGAGUGGUAUUGUUGGAACUUCUCUCGGGGCGAAAGUCAGUGGACCGCUCUCGACGCCCGAGAGAACAAAGCCUGGUGGAUUGGGCUAGACCAUACCUCAAGUGGGCCGAUAAAUUGUACAAGGUUAUGGACCCUGCUCUCGAGUGCCAGUACUCGUGCCAGGGUGCUGAGGUGGCGGCAUUGGUGGCGUACAAGUGUCUGAGUGAGAACCCUAAGUCCAGGCCCACAAUGAGGGAGGUUGUCAAAGCCCUGGAGCCUGUGCUUGGCAUGGAUGACUUCUUCCCAGUUGGCCCAUUUGUCUUCACUGUCAUUGUGGAGGACGAGAAGGUGGUUAACAUGAAGGUGGACAUGAAGGUUGAGGUUGAGGAGAAGAAAAACACUCACCAAAACCAUCAGGACAGGCAUCGACAGAAGUACCCAGACUCGGCGAUUCACGCUGGCAUUGUGCUGCAUGACCGUGAUGGUGUCAUCGGAGGAGGGUACACCGGUGCGCUGCGACGACACCGGAGGACGGCGAGCUACAACAAGGAGAGGGGAGCAUAGGAAUAGAGGUGGGGAACAGAGUAGGAGAAAAAGGUCAUGCAUGUACAUAUGCUGGUGAGGGUGUGGCAGAAUGCCACAUUUGAUUGGGUUUAGUUUUUGGUGUUGUCAUUUUUUAGCUUUCUUCUUGAUGGUGACAGUGGGUGGGUGUAAGAUAAUACAGGAAUGCAAAAUAGUGUGAUGAAAAGUUAGGCUUGGAUUUGCAAGGAUUGUUGGAUGUUGUACGCAAUCAAA